AUGGGCUGUGAUGUGGGUCUUGGGAGCAGAUCACGAUCUAAAGGUGGGGAGAAACAGCAAGGAAGGUAGGUGAAUAUAACUUGAUGUGUAAUGUCUGAACAAAAAUCUUUAGCGUUGUUUUCGUCUUAUUCGUAUUUUUGACAGUAAUGAAAUUAUAUUUGUUGUAGACAUGCCAAUGGCACGAAUGUUGUCGGUCUUCGUUUCCGUGCUUCUUUGGAUCAGGUGCCGGGAGAAACAGAGACUCGGUAGGUUACUCAGGUGUCUUGAAAUAAUAUCUUGUCUCUCUAAAAUGCAAGGUUGCAUCGCUGUCUUGCUUCUACGCCUUUUGAGUUGUAUUCUAGACCUCUCAGGCACAGCUUUAAAAAAAAGUUUAUGGCCUUUGGUACCUAAAAUUAGAUUUAUAUUUUUAUAGCCGAAAAUUUGAUCUGAAGGUGGCCACAAGGGGCAAGAAAAAGUCGAAAGCGUCGUCGACAUCUCUCAGCGAUACUGCAAGCCGUCAUGGUCGCCGGGAAUGGCUAGCUGGAGAUCCUCGGGCCAGGCAUGCCACGAGAAAGUUGAGCAGCGAUAAUUGUAAGUCUCUUGCUUUGUUUUUGGUUUUUAGAUGCUUCUGAAUCUUAGGGUCUGUUUCUAGCUCAACGAGUCCUGAUCCUCGGGGCAAGCCCGCUUCGUCGGAGUUCGAAAUCCUCGCGCGAAAGAGAUUUUCGUACCUCUUCUGUUUCGGACUGUUUGGGGAGUUCCUCCGACAAACCUUUUGAUAGCUUGGAAAACCCCAGAGAGAAGAGUAGAAGCAAGAGUGCAGUGGAUUUGUCUAGGAAACAAAGGGGUGGAAGGAAGAGCAAAGGAAAGGACACGAAGAAGAGAAGAAAGAACACGGAAGCCGGUUCUGAAGUUGUAAGAUUUUGAUUCUUACGGUCAAACAUGACUUUUGCGAAGCGAUUUUUCGAUUAUUUUACCCAGAUUUGCUUUGUACCUUAAUUUGUGGCUUUUAUACUUGUAUUUCAGAGAUGUAGUGUUAAAUGCAGCAGAAGCUGUUCAAAAACCAAAGAAUCAAAUGUCGAUUCUGCACCGAAAUCCAAAAAGAAGCCAAAACCCAGAAGAGAGCCCUCCCAUUGUGAGCGGAUGAGGGAGAUGUUGAGAGAAAGGUGUUCCGAUCAGGAGGAUUCCUGCAGCUUGAAUCGUACAAGUUGUCAGACUGCGGUGAGUGAGCUGCGUUUACUGUAAUUUUUAUUUUCCUCAUUUUUUGAUAUAGCCUAUGACCUAUACCUAUAUUAUUUUUUCAGCGGGAGACCUACUGUCUAAAUACCCAACAUGGUAAAGCUUUUCGAGAAGCCGAGAUUAUUCGAUUGCCCGGCGCUCCGUCACCUGGAUCCUCUAUGACCCCGUCAAGUUUUGCUGUGAGAUCUACAACAACUACUCCAGAUACAGGGCAUUUGGUGAAUUACAAACUCACGGCGAAUGUUCUGAUUCUCAUGAGAGACGAGGAGAAUCCUUUGGAAUUGGUUUAUCAUUUCUGGAGAGGCCAAGACUUGUGGUGUGAUGAGAGUUUGUACUCGUUGAUCAAGAGAAUUUCGGGUGACUUGGGGACUAAGUAAGCGAAGUUUGAGAGGAAUAUUUUGUAAAUUAUUAUUUAGUUUAAAAUUUAUUUGAAUAAUUUUAGGAUCCGGAAAGGCGAAGAGGUUUGGAGAAUGGAUAUGGCAAAGAAGCCCCUCGAAUCGUACAUCAAACUCCACCUCCGCGAAGGCCGUCAUCCUCUCUGGAAGUACACUCAUAAACGCAGCGACAGCCUCUCUUUGAUUUUGGAUUAUGCUCAUGCGGAAAAGGUUGAAGAGAUCCCCAACAACCCCUUGUUGGACUACAAACAUGCUCUGGUCCUUUGGAUGAAUCCGCAUGAGGAAUAG